AAAUAAAAAUAUUUAAAAAUUGGAUCCCAUAUCCUUCCUCUCUAUCCAUGAAGCCUCCUACGCCGGCUGCUUUGGUCCGCACGUGCUUUUUUUCUCACUUCUUACUUAUAUAAGGAAAAAGGAAAACAAAAACUAAGUACUCGACUCCACACCAACACCACCCACAAACCCCCAAAACAAAUGGCUCUCAUACGAGAACGCCGACAGCUUAAUCUCCGCCUACCCUUGCCCGAACCCUCCGAGUGCCGCCCACGUUUCGCCCUUCCCCUUCCUCCCACAGCCGCCGCCACCACCGCCCUCACAAACAACUCUUCCUCCGCCGCUAUCUCCGCCGCCGAUCUCGACACACUCCAAGUGCUCGGCCACGGUAACGGCGGCACCGUCUACAAGGUACGCCACAAGCGCACUUCCACCACUUACGCUCUCAAACUCGUCUACGGCGACUCCGACCCCACCGUCCGCCGUCAGAUCUUCCGCGAGAUGGAGAUCCUCCGCCGCACGGACUCUCCCUACGUGGUCCGCUGCCACGCAAUCUUUGAGAAGCCGUCGGGAGAUAUCGGGAUCGUCAUGGAGUACAUGGACUCCGGCACCCUCGAGACCUUGCUUAAAGCCCACGGCACCUUCUCCGAGCCCAAGCUUGCCCACGUCGCCCGCCAAGUUCUCAACGGCCUCAACUACCUCCACACCCACAAGAUCAUCCACCGCGACAUUAAACCCACCAAUCUUUUGGUCAACAGCAACAUGGAAGUGAAGAUCGCCGACUUUGGCGUGAGCAAGAUCAUGUGCCGGACCUUGGACGCCUGCAAUUCCUACGUGGGUACUUGCGCUUACAUGAGCCCGGAAAGAUUCGACCCGGACACUUACGGUGGCAAUUACAACGGCUACGCCAGUGAUAUAUGGAGCCUGGGGCUGACCCUGAUGGAGCUUUACAUGGGUCACUUUCCGUUCUUGCCUCCGGGUCAGAGACCCGACUGGGCCACCCUUAUGUGCGCCAUAUGUUUCGGAGAGCCGCCGAGCUUGCCCGAUGGGGUGUCGGAGGAGUUCAGGAGUUUCAUGGAGUGUUGCUUGCAGAAGGAGUCCGGAAAACGGUGGACCGCUGCUCAGCUUUUGACCCACCCGUUCGUCUGUAAAGAUCCGAGUAUAUCCGUUUUUUGAUGAUGGGUUGUUCAAUUGUCCAGUGUCGAAUAUCCGUGCGAGUGGAUCCGCCUGUAAUUAGGAGUCGGGUCGCCGGGUUUGGCACUGAAUAUUUUUGGACACUAGUUACCGUUGUAGGUUUCUGAGUUGUAUGUAUAUACUGGGCCAGAAUCGAAUUCGGAUUCUUUCUUUAUCAAGUUAAUUAAUUCCUCACAA